CCCCUCCGUCCCUGAAGUGAGCCUUUAUUAGUCGGGAUCGUUUGGAUCUUAUCUCGCAUAUGACACUCGGUGGAAGAAAGACUGGAGGAAAAAGGAGAGAGGGGAUUAUCUGUGAGCUGCCUUCCGAUCCGCUCCAUCCUGACACGGGAGAGCCUCGCUUAUCUCGCCCCUUUAUCCCCAUCUUCCACAGGCGCAUGGACCAGUAGCCCCGGCUGCACUUUCUCCACUAUCUGCCCAUCUCUUCUAUUGUCUCUCCAUCGCUGGGAUCACACGGGGGGGCUGACUGAUCCCUACUCACAUCAUCAUUAUCUUUAUUUUCUUUCAUCUUUUUCUGAUCUAAUCAUCUGUAAGACUUCGGAACUGUUCUGAUGUGCAGAAACAUUCCCCCUGCUUGACGUUUGAUCCCUGCGUGAUUCCCAUGCUGCAAGUUUCAACCUGAAAAAAGUCAAAUUAGUUUCUUUAUUUAUUUCUUUUCCGUGAAAAGGUGCAUCUCUUGAACAUCUGAUGGUUGUGACUGUGGAAUAUGAGUUAAUUUGGAGUUGAGGCUCCGCUCCUGAGCGUUUUUAAGUUCCUCUCCAGAAGAUUUUGCCUCCCAACUCUUUGUCAAGUACAGGUUCCUAAGGAGGAGAGAGGGCCAACACCGGAGAAUAAAAAUGAUGCUGAGCCCGGACCAGGCUGAGGCGGACCUCUCCUGGACUCAGUCCGACCCGGAGACGAUGCUCAACGGCCUCAAGUCGGCCGGCUGCACCUCAGACGAGCCGGCGGAGGGUGAGGAGAGGGCCAAAUGCAAAGCCGACCAGCCCCUGAGCAGGGAGGAGAAGAGGAGGAGGCGGAGGGCCACGGCCAAGUACCGCUCGGCCCACGCCACCAGAGAGAGGAUCCGGGUGGAGGCGUUCAACGUGGCCUUCGCGGAGCUGAGGAAAUUACUGCCCACCUUGCCCCCGGACAAGAAACUCUCCAAGAUCGAGAUCCUCAGACUGGCUAUAUGCUACAUCUCCUAUCUCAAUCACGUGUUGGAUGUUUAAAAGUGAGAGAGACAGAGGUGCUUUGGUUUGGGUUGACUGGACUCAGGCGCGUGCUGGGCGUCAAUUGGGUAUGGCAAGGUUGGCAGAUAGGGUCGACUGAUAAUGGAGGGGUUUAAAGCAGAUAUUUUUAUAGCCUUUCACAGCUGAUAUUGAAAUAUGUCAAUUGCAAGGUGAAAAAAAAUGAGUCAGGAACUUUUUCUGCCACAUAAGACAAGUUAGAAAUUAAAAAAAGGCUGACUGGACAUUUAAUUUAUGAUAUAUAGCCUUGUUCAUGCAUGAUUUUAAUAAACUUGCAAAUAAAAAAUGACAAUAUCAGCUUAGAUAUCGGUCUAACACACGUGUCAUGAUCAAAUCUUUACAGUUUUAAUUUCUAAUAAAAUCAUCUGAUUAAAAAAAAAGGGCCAAAAAAAUGAAACACUUUCUCCUACCAAAAUAAAAGCAUCUCGUCCCGGAUGCUGGGGCUUUGCCAUACCUUCCAGCUGACUGAGUUGACCCCCAGUGUGAGUCCAGUGUUGGUUAUCCUGAUGGCGGUGAUGGUGUAAAGUUGUAGGGGAAAACUGCUCCGAGUGAAAGCCUCAACUUUGAGUCCAGACCGCUCACUGAACAAAAGCAACAAGCGCAGAGUCGUUUGAGCUGUUAGAUGCAAUAAUGAGAAUAAUUAUUAUUAUUAUUAUUAUUAUUAUUAUUAUGCGACGUACAGUGGGGGAGGAUGGGCUGCCUGCAAGAGCCCCGCAGGCAUCCAUGUUCCCCUCCCAGAGGAGAUGCAGGGGAGAGAAACAUGUGGAGGGUUAUCAUCAAGAAUUUGGAUUUCAGGGAAACUUUAAAAAAUCACCCCAAUAAAUGAAAUAUUCAAAACGACCUCCUCCCCUCGCUGUGUCAAUUUGAGGUCUAAUAAAACAAACACUGGGGUAUUUCCACAUCGAAAUGAAAGGAUGUAAACGAUAGCUGCUUUAGAUCUAGUUUAGACGAUGUUUUCCGUAAAGGAAGGAAAAAAAAUGCGUAAGUGCCACUUAUGACAUAUAAAAUUGUGACCUUAAUCAUUUUUUAAAAGUGUAUGGAAUUAUUUAUUUAAUUGUGUUAAUAUUUAAGGCUUAUUUAUUUAUGUUGAUAUCAUAGGCUGGCGUCUUUUUGUAUAAAUGUAUAUUGUUUGUUGCUUCUAUAUUUUAGGCUGUGAAACUUGGAAAGUGAUGGUGUUCUACUCUUAAAAAAAUGGCACUUUCUGUUAAUCCAUAGCAUAAGUUAUUUGUUUGAUGUAUGUUUGAUGUAUGUCAUUAUCAUUUUGUUUUUAAUGUCACGUCUGUUGCCUAUCAAUAGCAACGAUAAGCACUUCAAAAUGGGGCUCAGUGGCCCCAUAAAUGUUUAUUUCCCUAAAUUGUUGUGUUCAGAGGUUGCUCGAAUAGAAUAAGAAUUUGGGCUGCUUAAGAAAUUUGCAUUAAAUUUAAGAAGAAAAAAAAAUGUGGAGAAUAAUUAUGACAAACAGUUUCUACCACCAAGGGGGUUAUCAUUCAGAUGCAACCCUCUUUUUUUGCUGUUACCAAAAAAAAAAAAUAAUUUCGAAAAAUAGCCUGAAUCUAUUCUCUUCAAUGUUUUGAUGUUAUAUUUUGGUUUAUUUAUUUGUCUCUGCUUUGUAUGACGAAAUUCAAUAAGUAAUUUUAUAGUGAAGAAAAAAAAACAUAUCCUCUAUCCAAAGAUUUUUUGUCUCUUCAGGGUUGUGUAGGCUACUUGUUGCUUUAUGCAGAUCUUUUGUAGUAGAGGUGUCGUGUGACAGCUGGUUUCUAAUGGACAAACUUUUCAUAUUUUCCGGUGUUAUUUUUAAUUAAAACCGAAAUACUUGAAA